CCGACGCCCAAUCCGCUGACUCUCGACUGUCUCUCCUUCCAAUCUCAACUUGCCAGCCCAGCCUCGUCACCACAAUCAACCUCCUGUACCACUAUCGCCCUAACGCUACCAUACAUCUUGCUGCACACCCGGAUCCACGAAACGCAAACCGCGACUUCGAGCUGGACCGCCACGCGGAUUGUCCGCCAUGGAGCCCGACUUCAUACCGAGAAAGUCGAUCUGCCUGGGUCAGCCGCUGCCCCCGAAAGUCGUCAUUCACGACAGCGACCCCGACUUUGGCGAGGGAAUGGGACGUCUGUACCCCUCGAGCGUCGAGAGCAAUCUUCUGGAAGAGUUGGUCAUCCUGAAGACCAAGCUGCGACUAUGCAACAACGAUGAUUUCUGGUCGCUGGUAUCCGAACGCAUGGCCGAGAUUCUAGGAGCACAGCUCUGCUUCAUCGCCAAACGUAUUCUGGUCGACGAGCAAGACGCCGCCGUGGAGAUGCCUCCUCUUGGAGAGCCUGGCUCAUGUCUCAUGGCAAGUGCUUGGUACUACAACGAUGGAAAUGGUUUGCAAGGAGUUGAGAAAGGUCUGAAAUACCAUGCUUAUGGCUGUCCCUGUGGAUACAUGCGCCAUGACAAGGUCUUUGUCGUCCCAGAGAAGGUCAGCGAAAUCUUUGCCAACAACCCAAAUAAGCUGCCUGUUUCUGCCGAGUCCUACAUCGGAAUCCCGUUAUUUGCUGAUGGCAAGUGCUUCGCCCACUUUGGCGUCAUCUGGUCAGUCGAGGGCGCCGCAAAGAGAACUGUAUCAUGGGCCUUCAUCGAAAUGUUUAUGCAUGCUCUGGAGGAUCUUAUUCAAGAACGCUUGCUCGAGGGCUCCGAGUUCAAGAACAAGGAAGCCGCCAACCGAGAUAUGCCAAGGGUAAUACCGCAUGAAGUCAUCACUGCUGCCCAAUCUCUCCAACCUUACGCAAAGAGUCUGUCCCAUGAGCUCCGGACCCCAAUGCAAGGUGUGGUCGGUAUGCUUGACGUCAUGUAUGCCACUGUUCAAGAAGCCGCAGAGGGCCAGACAGACGCAGAUGUUCGUCGAGUGUUCGAAACGUUAAAAGAGAACAUCGAAACCGUUCAAGACAGCUCCCGCCGUGCUGUAGAGGCCGCUGACAAUGUCGUGCACGCUUACGACAUGAACCUGGGUAUUCCCGCUGGACCUGCAAUGAAUGAAGACUCAAUGGAUGGUUUCCAUGAUAUGAGCUACGCUCCCCACGCUUCUCACCCAGAAAUUCUUGUUGCAGGAAGCAACCUGCCUAUUUCGCGACCUAACAAGCGCCGCUGGGAAGAGUCCACGAACGAACCAGAGGAAAGCCCCACAAAGAUUCAAGCCACUCACGCUGCUCGUCUAGCGAAAGCAUCUCCUACUGCUGGCAUGAAGCAAGGUGUCCAAGAAGCCGAAGACCUCCCAGAACGCGCACCGCAAAAUACCAUGCCCAUGAGUCCUCGGCCCUCUAUUGCUACUCUUCAGGGCGAUCGCGCCAUUGCUCCUGGAAUCAGACACACCAACCUUCGCCGAGUUUUGCAAUAUGUUGUGAACGAAGGCCUAAAGGUUGGAGGAAGACCAGAAUCUGCCAUCGCCCAGGAAACACACCUUGGUGAAAUUAUUGAAGUGUGUACGCGGUCAGCCAAAGGCGAGCCGAGGACAAAACUUAUCGAGUGGUCUGUGGAAGCCGCUGUACCCGAAACGAUGCUCGCAGAUGAAAAAGACCUUGCCAAGCUGAUCUCCUGUGUGUUCUUGAAUGCCUUCAAAUUCACAGAGCAAGGCAAUAUCACAGUUGCCGCAAAAUUGAGUCCAAAGGCACGAUACAUCGUCGUCAAGUGUACAGAUACUGGCCCUGGUAUCCCGGCAGCUUUCCUUCCGCGCCUUUUCCAACCAUUUUCACAGGAGGAUCCUUCCCUCACUCGCCAAAGUGAAGGUCUUGGUCUUGGCCUUCUCGUAGCCAAAGGGCUUGCUCGCAAACUCGGAGGUGAUCUAUUCUGCAUUCGAGCGGACACUACCGGACCCAAACGCGGAUCAGAGUUUGAGAUGAGAAUUCCCUUGAGAGCCGGUGAAAUUACCACCCGCCCUUCGUCACCAGUUGGCACACCAUCGCGCGACAGAAUCCGCCAAUCAAACUCACUUGACUCAGAUGGGCGACCUUCGCCAAUGCCCAACUCCAAAGCAUUACACGCACGCACGCAAGGCGACAAUUCAAGCAAGGACUUACAAUCUGCGACAGAGAAGCCCAAUGGUGGUGAACCAUCUGCAGCACCUGCUGUGAAAAGUCCUCCCGCGCUUACGCACACUCAUUCAUUCCCUAUGCCAUCUUUCCCGCCAAAACAUGCAAGCUCAAGUGCACGCAAGUCGUCAGCAUCAAUCAAUGGUAUCGAUCGCAAUUUGGCUACCAAAUACCCCUUGAACUUCCUUGUUGCAGAGGACAACAAGAUCAACCGUAAGCUACUCGUCAGCAUGCUGAACAAGUUCGGCUACAAGACAGUCAUCGAGGCAUACGAUGGCGCCGAGGCCGUUCGGCAAAUGUCCAAGAACCCAUCUGUCGAUGUCGUCCUCAUGGAUCUCUGGAUGCCCUUCAUGGACGGUUACGAAGCCACCGAGAAAAUCCUCGCCAUGACCCACGGCAAGAAUGGCGUUUGUGGCGCAACACCGACUGUUCUGGCCGUGACAGCGGACGUGACCGACGGUGCCCUCGAGCGAGCUGCUAAAGUCGGCAUGAAAGGGUUCAUGACCAAACCUUUCAAGCUCAUGGACCUUCAACGCCUGAUUUUAGAAUACUGCGCUCGUAGCGGCAGCGAGGUCGAAGGUGGGGAGUAAUUUUCUACCUUCCUUUCAUUCUUCUCUUCACCUUGUCAAUCUUUUCUUUCUCUUCUUUUGCAUCAAUAUUCUUAUCAGGUUACUUUGUAAACAAGUAGCGCGGCGUUCUGGAGCUUCGGAUCGAGACCAUGGAAAAUGUGGGAACAUAAAGUGGAAACUCUCGAGCCGUUCUUUUUCCUCGGCUUACGAGUGUGUCUUGGGCAAGGAGUUCUCUGGACAUUUACGAACCAACAUUAGAUACCAACGAAUC